AUGGCAGUACGCCAGCCUGAUAGCUCAAAGCUCUCUGCUUUGAACGGCAGGCCUCCGAAUCUAUCGCUUGCGCUGUCAAGCUCGACACUCGGUGGCAUAGUGUACUAUCCCCGACCGCAACCUACUUCGCAGAAAGAGCCUCAGGGACUACGUGCCCCACUCACACCCGGAUUUGCAAGUUCAGCACCCACAAGGUCCCCUGGAAAGAAUCUUUACGGCUCUUUGAGCUCAGCCAUCGGCCCUGCACGAAAUCGUUCACGAGUCAACUAUACAAUUUCCGAAGAUGCAUCUGACUCCAACCUACUCAACCGGUGUUCCUCGCUACUAGCCAUCCUGGAUGAGAGUGUCGUUCAGCAGCUUCUUAUCCUGAUUGGAUCGGAACACAAGAGGAAGGGCCAAGACCAUCACAUCGUUCACAACGCACCCGUCGCACCCCCGCCGUUCCCGCGCAAAGAUUCACCUACUCGCAAGAAAGUCACCAGCUCCGCCGGCAUUGGUUGUCCUUUGGCCCCAGGACAGGUUGUUCAAGCACUACACGCAGCAUAUGUUACCAAGCAACAAGUAGCUCAAAUCUUCAAAACGUUUUGGCAAUUGGCCUACCCUCGAUACGCUCUUACCAGGCGACAAGCAUGGUACCAUAUCCGGGAACUCCCUUCGGAUUUGAUUGAGUCCAACUUACGCAAAGAGUUAGACAAGCUCAUCAAAAGUAAAGGCUCUCCCGAACCGACUCCGGUUUCGAUUACAGUGUUCGUGACCCUAGUCUCCACCAUUCUUUUCGACGCAUGCGCUUUUGACGAAAUGGCCCGUUUUUUUGGGAUUCUCGGAGGCGGCGAGGAUACCGUAAGGGUUGCAUGUCUCCGGGAUGCCAUCAUGUCCAGUGACGACAGUACACUUGUCCCGGAGCUCGACCGUAUGAUUAGGGAUCUUGACACAAUGGAUAUUGGAACAAUCAAAUGUUUGUAG